AUGUUUGGCAACAAAUUAUCAUUGCUUCUUUUCAUAUUCACCAGUUUGGUGCUACAACCAGCAAUUGCAGCCAGUGGUUUUGAGAUUUAUCAUGCCGACGAAUUCCCAGUUCUGGCAUGUACAGGGUACUUAGCCAAGGUCGUCACUUACUUCAACGCUACUGCUGUCCCCAAAGGUGGCUACUGUAGCGUCAACAAUCAACCAGCAUUGGCCACAAUGGCCGAGUGUAUUGAAAUUCUCGCCAAAAACAGACACAAGGACUCUAGAAAACUUUUCCUUGCCAGCUGUAAGAAAUCAAACCUUACGGAAGAAGAGUACCUUGAGGCUUACAACAAUGCUACCAGUAUGGGAUUUGUCAACUCCACUGCUGAUCCAAGCUUCAACAAGACAAAGUUAUACUACAAACCUAUUUUGCUUUCGACAAAGAAAGUCAAUGCUGCAUACGAUGCUUACGCUACAAGAUGGUACAACUACAACUAUGCACACUGGUUUGGGAUUGCAUUGAUGUGCUACUGGAUGGGAGUGUUAUUCUUUGCUGGCUUAAUUAAUUUCUUAUCGUUUGUUGCGCCUGGCUUCAUCAAGUCAUUCAAAGGUAAAUUGGUCAACAAAUUCCGUAGCUGGGUGACUCUUCCUGCAUUAUUUGGAAAGACGCAUGCUCAUCACAAGACCGUAUUUAGCCACGUCCACGUGAUGUUCCCCACUAGAUUGGAAUCCCUUAUCAUGUUUGGUUGGUUUGUUUUGUUUUUGGUUACAAUCUGUACCAAUUAUGUUCAUGUCGAAGGCAACUACAUCUGGCCACAGAAAUGGAAUGAAAUGGGAAGAAAAAUCGCUGAUAGAACUGGUAUUAUGGUUGUUUGGUGUUUACCAGUAUUGUUUUUGUUUGCAGGAAGAAACAACUUUUUGCAAUGGAUCAGUGGCUGGCCGUAUGCAAGAUUUGUUUAUUUCCACAAAUGGAUGUCGAGAAUCGUGUUUAUAGUCUCCAUCAUCCAUGCUGUUGGUAUGACUUAUAAUGGUAGAGGUAUUGGCAAAUAUGGUACAAGAAUGGCUGCCGCGUAUGUGCGUUGGGGUGUUGCAGCAUUGGUGAUUAUGGGAUUAAUGUGUUUCCAAACAUUGGCUGCAUUUAGAAGGAAAAACUACGAGUUGUUCCUUUUGGUACACAUUGUGUUGGCAAUCUUUGCUACAACCGGAUUAUGGAUUCAUACUGCUGAUGAUGGAUUUGAUAUGUGGAUGUGGGCUGCAGUUGCCGUUUGGGGCUUUGAUAGGGCUGUUCGUAUUGUUAGAUUGUGUUUCUUUGGUUUGAGAACUGCACAAGUGCAACUAAUUGCCAAUGAGACAUUGAUGGUUACUGUUUCAAGACCUGCUUGGUGGAAGCCAUUCCCUGGUUGUCAUGCCUUCAUUCAUUUCAUGAGACCAACAUGUUUCUGGCAGUCGCAUCCAUUCACCAUCAUUGAUUCUGUUGAGGAAAACCACACGAUAACAUUUUAUUUGAAAGUGAAGGGUGGUGUAACUCAUGGGUUGUACCAAUACUUGUCUAACCAACCAGGUCAAAAAGCUUCAAUGAAGGUUUCCGUUGAAGGUCCAUAUGGUAAUCCAAUGCCAAUCAAUAGGUACGAGUCCGAAGUGUUUAUUGCUGGUGGUAAUGGUAUUCCAGGUAUCUAUUACGAGGCUACUUCGGUUGCGAAAAAACUCGGUUCCAAAAGACAUAUCAAAUUUUUCUGGGUUAUUCGCCAUUACCGUUCCUUGGAAUGGUUUUAUCCAGAAUUGCAAAAAUUGCAAAACUUGCCUAUUGAGACUACUGUGUAUGUUACCCAGCCACAUGUGGGAUUGGUUGAGCCUAUAACUUCCAACAUUACUGAUGAUGAAGUUGAGCAACAAGAACAGCAAGAAAAGAAAUCUGAUGUUGAAGAGAGUGUUGAUUACAUCACGCAGAUCAAGAAACAGUUGAGCCAUAUUGAAUUUAUCGAGAGCAAGCCAGAUUUCUACAGUAUUGUUGCCCAGGAGAUUAGUAAUGCUACAACACCAUUGGCAAUUGCCAGUUGUGCGCAUGGAAGUAUGGUUGACGAUGUGAGAAGAUCGGUUGUUGACAACUUAAACAACUCUCCACACAGAGUCGAGUUGUUUGAACAAAUACAAGCAUGGUAG